AUUCUGGAAGAAAUCGUUUGUAUGAGCUACAUGAUUGUAGAUGUCGUAGUGUCAGAAAAUCGCCUUUGGAAGUGCUUAUACGAUCAUUGAAGAACUGCACUAAAGCAACUGACACACGCGCACGCAAAUUAGGAACAAAAAUCUCAAGCCGAUAAACUAAAAGACAACGACACAGUUUCAAUAGCACAAAACAAGCAGAUCGAGUUCAUGGCUUUAACCCCCAUCGAUCAAAUAGUGUUUCCUGAAGAUAACAUAUCGCCUUAUUGGCGACAAGAAUAUGUUGGCAGCUAGCAAAAAGGACUUACCGUUCAACCACUUUGAACCACACCUAGUGCACCUUUAUUUCGUGCAAGAGAUAUAUCGGAGAGCGAUUCGAUGCGAGUUCAGGAUAGCAAAAUUUGAAGAAGGAUGGAAAACGAUAAACGGAGCACAGAAGGAAAAGGGAGAGUCGAACGAAUAAUAAGAAAAACUGCAACCUUAACUGAAUAAUAAUUUUGAUCAUAAUUUUUACAGGUUGGAGGCGUUCUGUCUCUCUCAUACCGCUAUCGGGGUUUUUCCUCACGGAUGACACCCCUCAAACAUUCUAACAAAACAUAGGCCUUAUAUCACUGACUCUCCUACUAUAAAUGAGACCAGAAGUAUGGGAAAUAAGGUGAUAAUCGUGGAACUACAUGCGAGGAAGAAGGAGAUCGGUAAUUGAUUACAGGAAAAAAAUACUAGAAGAAAUGGAAGAAGAGUUUAAAGCAGGAACAAGGAUCACCAAGGGAUAGAAAUGAGUUAACAAGGAAAGAUAGGAGGAACAAUUAUGGAGAAGAGACACUGUGGAGCCGUAUAGUAGGAAACAUAGUGCACAGAAGGGAGAAACCGAUAUAGAAUAAUAAUGGAGAGAGAAAGAAAAGGAGAAGGAGCUGAGAGAACAGAAAAAGAAGUCACGCCAAAAGAAAAUGUAAACAACAAAAGUUGGAGAAAUGGAAAGAAUACAGAGAACCCCUGGAAGAUGACAAAUAGAGGAAAAGGGAAUAGGGGAGAAAUACAAUCAGAGGACUGGAAACAGCACCAUAAUUAUCAAGAUAAAGCAGGAGAAUUAAAGAGACUGAAGGGGCCGGGAGGGAUGAAAUAAGAAAUGAGGCUGGAUUUUCACCCACACAUGGAGAUAAAAUGCGUCAGAGGUGAACGAUGAUGGUCAUUCGUGGCGGGAAAGGAACUCCGCCAAACUCCAGAGGGAACAGUCCCCUGCGGGAGACGUUUCGAAAAAACGCGAGAGCCAGUCUGGAUAAAUCGCAAACGUUUCGCAGUCCCAAUCGACGCGUUCCGCAGGCGAACGGUACGGAGCGGCGCGCGGUACGUUCGAGAGGAAAUAGUCCGGGAAAUCAAGAGAAUGGCGUAGCGUAUCUUUCGUCCAGAGGAAGCGAAACUGGCAGUAUAGAAAGGCUCGACGAUACUGGUCAUUCCCAUAGGAUAAUAUCAGGAUACAACCAAGUCGAGGAUAAUAUCAAUGUUGUCGUGAGAGUGCGGCCUCUAAACCACAAGGAAGUUAAGGCGAGAGACAUUUCUGUUAUACAGUUUCCGGGAAAUGGACAAAUAUUGGUGGAACACCUCCCCAACGGCGGUAGCGCUCACAAAUCGAAACUCUUCUCCUACAAUGUCGUCUUCGAGCCGGCCGCGACCCAAGAAGACGUCCUCCAGUUCUCCGGUAUAAAAAGGCUGAUCGAAAUGGCCGUCGAGGGUUUCAGGUGCACCGCCUUCUGCUACGGGCAAACAGGCAGUGGAAAAACUCACACUUUGACCGGUCCACCGAAAUUGUUCGACAAGAAGAAGCCCUCUUACAGUGACGCUCACGGGUUGGUGUUUAGAUCGUUUAUGUACUUAUUCAAAUUGCUGAACGAAAAGUCGGACGUCAGUUUCAUACUUAAGGCCAGUUUUUUGGAGAUUUACAACGAAAAGGUAAUCGACCUACUAAAUCCCGGCAGCGCCAGGAAGCCAUUAGCAGUGCGAUGGAGUAAGAAAGCGCGCGGAUUUUUCGUAGAAAACCUCUUCACGGUGGAUUGCGAGGAGCUGGACGAUCUCACCGCCGUUUUGGAAGAAGGAAUGAGGAACCGUUCCGUUGGAAGUCACAACAUGAACGACUACUCGAGUCGAAGUCAUACGAUCCUAACGGUUCACAUAACGUCCGAGCAGCCCGCCGAGAACGGCGUCUUCAUAUCUAGAUCGGGCAAAAUUAACUUCGUCGAUCUCGCCGGGAGUGAGAUGACGAAGAAAACGCAAAGCGAGGGAAAGACCUUAGAGGAGGCCAACAACAUUAAUAAAAGCUUAAUGGUUUUAGGAUACUGCAUCGCGUCGCUCAGCGACAACAAGCGCAGAAAUAAUCACAUUCCCUACCGAGAUUCACAGCUCACGAAACUUUUGGCCGACUCCUUGGCCGGAAACGGCGUUACGCUUAUGAUCGCGUGCAUUUCGCCUGCAAUGUCCAAUUUGUGCGAGACGAUCAAUACGCUAAGAUACGCGGCAAGAGCGAAAAGGAUCAGAACCAAACCGAUCGUGUUGAUGGAUCCACGGGAGGCGCUUAUACUAACUUUGAAACGGGAAGUCGGCGUUUUGCAAAGUGAAAACGAACACCUAAGAACAGCGCUACAUCUGCAAGGAUCCCCAUCGGAGUCGCUCGGCGGUAAACGUAGCGCGUCGUCGGUCCAAGUCGAUUUGGACAAACUGGGCGAGCUGGAGGGGCCCCAGCUUAUAGACCUUGUAAAGUUAUACGUGGCCGAAAAUGAGGCCUUGCGAAAGGAGAACACCGAACUGUUCGUCUCGCGAGAGAUCCUGAUGAGAGACCAAGAGCUCGUGUGCCGAGAUAACGAAAGGCUGCUGAAGAAGCUCGAGGAAGUCAACUCAGUAUGCUGCCGUUCUCCACUGUUACCGGUGAAAACCAGUGCUUCGGCGAGCACACUUAAUAGGUCAUUCGUCGACUUGGACCUGUCGGCCACGAACAUCUGGAUUAAUCCGACUGAAAACUCAUUGAGUUCGUCCAUGGGAAAGAUCACGCUACCAGAGGUGAUUCAGAAGGAGCUCGAUAAAAGGCAGAUCGGUGCUAGCGCGCAUCGGAGGCACAACUCCUUGGAGGACCUCUCAAAGGCGGUCAACAACCCAGUCCGUGCGAAAAGCUCGAAGUCGGCCAAUCCCGAGGAUCUCGACAUUCGGCCACCGUCGGGACGCCGCUUCUCAAUGGCGAAACCCACCAACGGCCGCGCUCACGUGGACAGCCCUCAACGUCCAGAAACCCCGGCGUCUCUGGCGUCGGUCUACAGCAGCGAAUGGAAUCUGGACUCUCCUUCUCCAACUAAACAACCGGACGCGCCAUCUCAAAGAAACAGCCUAGAAAAACUGGACGUCGGGCGCCAAUCCAAGGGUAGUAUGGAAGUAUUCGGCAGUCCGAUAUCAGUGGCGGACGAUAGGGGUGAAAGCGACAGUUUUUUAAUUAAGUGAAGUUUUUAUAUUUGUGAUACAAAUUAAACUAUUCUUGUAUGCGUAUAAAGUUUUAGAUUUUUA